GCUGGACUGGAAUAAAGUUGCUUUCAAACAUAGGUCUAUAGUGUUUCUGUCCAUGUAUUGUUAAUGUGCAAGAUAGAUAGGCCUAUGGGUUUUGAAGUGAAGAGAAAUCCCAAAAUAGAACGAUAUUGGGAAUAUUAUUAUGGUAAAACAAGAAGCUGCCUAACAUACCAUUCGAUCUAUAUAUAAUGGAAAACCUCGUCUGUAAUACUAUACUGUCAGUUGUGGUCAAUAUAUAAGUUGACAAUGAUGGAAAUAUUUAGUAACGGGUAAACUGCUGCCCUGGGUGAAAAAACAAGGAAGUUUUUUGCGCUGUUUGUUUGAUGACCCGUCUUUCACUUUCGAUUCCUGGAAACGACAUGAUUAUUUUCACCGUUGAAGAAACUAUCGAGAAGACCGUACAGCAGACCUCCGCAGAUAGCGAACUGUUUCCUCUUCAGGCCUUUUAGCUGGUGAACAUGAACAAUAGCGGAAAGAUUCCUGUCGACGUCGCGACAGCACAGCUCCUCAGUGAGUGCGGGGAUGUUCUGAUCCGCGUAGUGCAGAGUAAGUUUGGCUGCCGUACGGUUCUCCGCAACAUUGGAUCGCCGGCCGUCCAGAGAGUGACAGGAAAGCGGCGAUGACCCAAGAGAAGAGGUACUCCAUAAAGCUGUCUGGGUUGGAGAUCUCUGUGUGGAAGGGUGACCUAACCACUCACCAGGUGGAUGCUGUGGUCAAUGCAGCCAAUAAUGAUCUCCACCAUGGGGCGGGGCUAGCAGGAGCUCUCGUGCGCGUUGGUGGGAAAAGCAUCCAAAGAUGGAGCGAUGACAUCAUUACAAACAAUGGGAAAGUAAGCACAGGAGAGGCUGUCCUCACCCCAGCCGGACGCCUUCCUUGCAAGUACAUCAUCCAUGCUGUAGGUCCAGAUCUUUCAUACAAUCCAAAGGAACAAGAUGUUCAAACUGCUACUCCUCUUUUAAGAAAUGCUGUUUGCAACAUCAUAAAACUGGCAGAACAGAACAACCUUCAGACCGUCGCCAUUCCCGCUCUGAGCUCUGGCCUCUUUAACUUCCCCCUUGAGCGCUGUGCAGACGUCAUUGUAAAAACUGUGAAAGAUUGCGCUUUGAACAAGUAUCAAAGUUCACAGCUUUCAGAAAUCCGCCUGGUCAAUAAUGAUGAGCCAACAGUCUCUGCGAUGGAGAGGGCUUGCAGAAACAUUCUGGGACAGAAGGGAUCAUAUAGUGGAGCUGUGUUGGGCACUAGAACCAGCUCAGCUGCGUCCUCACUGCAGAUGGGCGAUGUCAUCGUGCACAUCAAACGGGGGAACAUUGAACUAGAGAAGGUAAAUGUAAUUGUGAAUACAAUAUCCCCUGCCCUUUGUUUAUCAGAAGGGGCGAUUUCAAAGGCUAUAUUGAAAAAAGCUGGUGACAAAAUUCAAAAUGAAAUAAAAUUGCAUCAUUGCAAAGGAUUUGGGGAUGUUAUUGAAACCAACGGCUAUGAUCUCAAUUGCUCUUGCGUGUACCAUACUGUAUGUGCACGCAGAACUGUGAUGGAUUCUGCAAAGAUCCUCCAUUCAGUUGUUUUGAAAUGCUUGGAUAAGGCAACCUGGAGCAAGCACACAUCCAUUUCCUUUCCUGCCAUUGGCACUGGGAACCUGGACUUCAGCAAACAGGAAGUAGCCCAAGUAAUGAUGAGAGCAGUUUCAGAUUUUGCUCAGAAGUACCAAGGAAAGAAGAUGGAUGUUUCCUUUGUUCUGUAUCCAUCUGAAGCAGAUACAUAUAAAGCUUUUGAAAAAGAAAUGCAUUCUCUUAAAGAUGCAACAAAAAGGCCCAGUGCAAGCAGCAGUCCCAACAAAGGUUCAUAUUCAGAACAUGUCAGCUCCUAUGAGAGCAGUGGGGCCAUGAAUGAAGCACAAGCAUACAUUGAGCUCCACUGUAAUUCCACUGAGAAUCGCAGGGAAGCCACACGGUGGAUUCAUGACAGAUUGCUCCUGAUGCGUAAAAGUUGCACCAUAAUAACCAACAAUCAUAUCCAGCACUUUGGCCUGAGGGAGCAUGAGGAGCUGGUCUCCCUCCAGGCCAUAUGGAAGGUGUCCAUUGGGGAGUUCCUACGGGAUGGCAGUGCUGGAGUGAUCAUCAAAGGACCCUGGGAGGGGGUGAAGGGGGCUGCCCUGGCAGUGGAGGCCCUGUGCUGCCAGGCCCAAGAGGAGUUUGCCCGGGCAGAGGAGAAUGCCAUGCUGCACACUCUGGUGCGCUGGAGAUGUGCGGAUAUCCCUGAGCUUGAGGAGCCAGAGAACAGUGGCACUUUGGAGAGGGCCUACCUGACUGGAGGGACUAUUGAGACCUUAGUGUUGAAUGGCAGUGAAAUCGAGGUUCACCUCAAGAAACUGGAGGCAGAAAAUCUCAGUGGGAAGAGUUGUAGAAUUGAGAGAAGUGUCUUGAAAGACUACGAUUUGAAAUUUCCUAACAAGUCCUUUUAUCAGAGGAUGACCAUAAAUGCAAAGAGCACUGACCAGAAAGGCACAUUAAAUCAGUUUAAUGGACUUAAUAUCAUCAAAAUCGAAAAAGUGCAGAACCCCCUUCUGGAGUAUCACUUCAAACUAAAGCAGAAGCAGGUGGCUGGCAGUCCACAGCGUCUGUACCAGCAGGUUCCAGCACAGUUCUGUGACCUGGUGUGCCGCGUUGGUUUCCAGAGGCCAUAUUCCCUGCCCAAGGAGCAAAAGUAUGGAGCAGGAAUAUAUUUCGGCCACAGCGUGGACACAGCAAGGAAGCAGGCGGAGCAUCUUUGCCAGGAGGAAGAGUACAUAUACAUUUUUGAAGCGCAGGUGCUGAUGGGAAAGGUCACAGCGGGUUCGCCACAUCUGAUUGUUCCUCCUGCCCUUGGUGUAGACCCCCUCUCUCUGUAUGAUAGCAUGAUGGGGGGGAAAGACACCUGUGUCAUCUUCAACAGUCACCAGGCUCUUCCUGUAUAUUUGUUCACAUGCUCAAAACCAUCCAUGAAAACCAACCUGUAGUCAGCAUAUGUGGAUAGCUGAGUUCAUCAGUCUUUAACAGGGAAUUUGCUGUGCAGGCAGCACUUAUCCAUUCAGUCACCACGAUUAUCCAAUUAAAGACUGUAUUGUAAAGCUGUAAUAAAC